UAAUAAUAAUAAUAAUAAUAAUAAUAAUAAUAAUAAUAAUAAUGGUGAUAAUCACAAUAAUAAUAGUAAUAAUAAUGGCAAUAAUGUUAAUGAUAAUAGUUUGAAUCAUUUAGUUGUUUUUCGAAGCGAGAAAAGUAGUUUCCAUAGAUAUAGAGAGUUCAUCGUUUGCGUGUGGGCUGUGAUACUGCCCGGGUGCCCAAACCGAAGCAGGUGGUUAUCUUAGGGGGCCACACCCCGAGCCUUUGACCUAAAGGUCUAACCCACAAGGCAGUGGAGCAUCGUAAGGAGAUGUAGUCCCAUGGUAGCCAGUGACCAACGAUUGGUUCAUACGCCAUUUGUUCCUUCAGGAUACUGGAGCCAGCCCAUGUGCACCAUUGGUUUGGAAUCAGGGUUUUCCAACUCCCAUGCAUGGACUCUCCAUAUCCACCAACCCGGUUAAAGCGCCGGACAUUCGCUUUUCGUUCUCUCAUUUUCGUAAACAACACCCCCGACACGAGAAGGCAAUGAGUAGGACUUCCCUGGCAGAGGCUGUAAACGCGUGGCCGUGUGACAGUAUUUCGAGAGUGAGAGUGGACUCCCCACUCUCGGCCGUACUAGGGCAUUCGGAAACUGAGGACUAAUGAAGUGCGUAGUCGUAACGUCGUAUAUUGAUCCAAUCGGAUAAUAAUGUUAUGUAUGUUACAGUACGCUAAUCUUUAUCACAAUCAGGCAAUUGUCUCCGAAACAUAGAUCAUAUCCGUUGGCAGCAUGAUAUAAAAAAUGUUGAGAUCUAGUAAUGUUGUGGGACGCUGAUAAUUCAGUUUCACCAUAUUAAAACACGUCUCUCGUGGCCUAGAUAUAUUUUGCGAAUGUCGUUUCUGGAGUUUCCACACAAAAACUAGUCCUUUACUCUGAAAUCUGACAGAUGAAAUAGAGGUGUGGUUGGUUUAUGAAAUCUCUUAGUGGAACGUGGUAUAGACGUAUAGGGCUAACAAUUGUUAAUCCCCUAGUCUAGGUAUUUAAUAUAAUUCAACUCACUAUAUUGAAACGUCUUCUGUUGAUAGAACCUGGACUCUUUGAAUGUUUAUAUCCUUUUAAAUUGAUUCGGUCGUGAUUACUGUAGAAAAAGCUCGUGAUUAAAAUUUGGACGAAAUUAAUUCUUAAAUCAGUCGUAAACUAUGUUUGCUCAUGACAUUGUCAGUAUUCUUCCUAGGCUUCAUUUAUUUAGGACUGUUAGUUUAAAUUACACCAUCUAAUUGGUCUUUAUAGAUUUUGUCUGACAGGUUUUGUGGUGCUAGCUGUGGAUAGCUUGUUUCGAAACAAGGGAAAAUCAUUUAAGCUACCAGUGGGGGUUCUUUAGUAGCUAAUCAAGUGACAAGUGCUGCUGUCUGCAGUUUUAUUCAUAUCACAGUACGCUUUUGUUCAAUACCUUUUCUCAACACAACCACAACCGAUGAACUAUCCAGAAUUCCCUCCAUAGUUCACAUAGCAAUCAGCUACUAAUUACAAGUAUGUGAAAAGGGUUUACCUAACUGGAUUUCUAACAUGUUCAUAUUGCGUUCCGAUGACAGACGGAUUCUUCGUUUUAAGUAGAUCGUAUUAACGCAUCUAUUGGAGUUAAAUGUCUCAAUGUCCUCUUCUACUCGGUGAUUCCCUUUUGAAUAAGCAGAUAGAUAACAUUGUUUUAUUAAACAUAAACUGUAGCAGGAUUCAAGGUUUUAUGAGUGAAUCAGUGGGAAAUCUACUGAUAGUCUGUGUUUAGAACUAUUAGAAUUUAAGGUCACACUCUUGGAAUAACCAUCUUCUACUAAUUUGGAGAUGGGGAGUGGAGUGGUUUAGCAUGUUGGUAAUUCUGUAUAUGUCAGUUGUAUCAACACUGAGUCGGUUCCUCGAGAUAAGUACUAAUGUACACAGAAAGCUUGUUUGCAGUUCUCGAAUCCACUUGCUCUGUUGCACUGGAAACACCUGACUGUCUACCAAGUGAAGGACGUACUAGAUAACAGUCCGCUAUCUUUAGUGGUAUAUUACACGGCAUAACACUAAGCAUGAGGGCGGAACAAGCACUACUAGAGUGGACCCCCGUUAACAGUCGUUUAUGUGCUGUUCGGCUAAAUGGCUCCGUAAGAACUCGGAAGGAUAGGGACACAAGUCGUUGCCUUUCUGUCGUUUCUGCCUAUGCUCCCACUGACUGCAGCUCGGAUGAUGUGAAAGAUGAAUUUUACAGAAAGCUGUCUAAACUUCUUCAGAAAGUCAAACAUCCAGACAUAGUACUCGUAGCAGGUGACUUUAAUGCCCAGAUAGGUAGUUUAAACCAAACAGAAAGGCAUUUAGGUGGGUAUUUUAGUAUUCCGGCACAACGAACAGAUAAUGGUGAUCGUCUGCUGCAACUGUGUUCAGACAAUCGUUUAUUUUUAGCAAACACAAAUUUUAAGCAUAAGGAGAGACAUCGUCUAACAUGGCGACCCCCUACACCAAAUCAACGAUGGACUCAAAUAGACCAUAUUGCCGUCAGUCAUCGUUGGAGAGGGUCAGUAGAAGAUUGUCGCUCAUUCUGGAGUACCUGCUUGAACUCUGACCAUGCUCUAAUACGGGCACGCAUCUGCUUGUGCCUCACUGGACCCAGAAAAAGCAUACUCAGAAGACCUAUUAGAACUGAAAUGAGUAACGAGAAAACCAAAAGUAGGUAGGGGUCACACUUAGGUAGUUCUGAAAACGAAACUGACCCAGAUGUUGCUUGGAAAGAUAUACAAGCAGCUAUGGAAACAGCAGUGACAUCUAUUAGUGAUUUAAACCUCAGUAUUACAAAGAACCAAUGGAUUUCUUCAAGGUCUGUUGCACUGAUGGAUUCUCGUAAACUCAUCCCAUCAGGCUGCACCUGACAGUCUGUCAGUUGUGUAUCGAAAUACAGACUCCAUGAGCUGGGUGUUGAUAGGCUAGAAUCCAAUGGUUAUUGAGUGGUAUUAGCAUGGAAGUGAUGCAAAUGGAUCUACUCUUCGCCUUCUGAAUCUCAAAUACCGUAUUAUUCUUGAUUUGUUUGUCUUUUUUAGACGUUUCUCUUGUUUUAAAUACUUUCUCACAUGUAAUGAAUUUCUUUUUCUCUACUCAGGCUUUUUAAAUCGACUCACUUUUGUGCUGGGUUCUUCAUCAAUACAUACUUGCUUAUCUCCUGUCUUACCUGUGUACUUCACAAAUGCUUUUGUUGCUUAUCCUAGCUAACAACGUAUAUUAGAAUAUUAACACAGUCAAGUACAACAUACGAUUGCAUGAUUCCCAGGAAUGCGACCCUUGCUUUGCCGAUCCUCGCCUUUACGUCUGCAUCUGAACCUCCUUGUUCAUCGAUGAUACUUCCCAGAUUGUGAACUAUAAUGAAUGCAACAAGUUAUAACGGAGUGGAUGGCAAGGAUGAAAUUCUAUCCUACUUGGAAAAAUUAUCCAAAACGGAACUUGAAGCCUUAUUAUCUGAUCAUGAAGGCAUAAAAAAGCUAGCUAAAAAUUGUCCUGAUAUUAAAAAGAUCGAGUCUGACAAAGAAGCCUGCAUGAAUGAAAACCGACGUCAAGCUGAAGCAAAUCUAUCUAUGGAACCAACUUUCAAUAUGAUCAAAACGGAGCUUGUAGAAACCUAUUCUAAUUACAGACAAUUAGAAAAUGAAUAUAUGAAACGUAAAUCAGAAGUUGACAACAUCGGUACAAAAUACUCUCCGAGUGUAAUUCUUGCUUUAUUACAAACUGCCAACGCACAAGCAGAAGAACAAUCUGAGGAACUGGCUAGUCGAUUUCUUGACAAAGCCAUGGAUGUUGAUGCAUUUUUGAAAGAUUUUAUUCCUCUUCGUAAACUAUGUAAUGAACGUAGAUUUAAAUGUGAAAAGUUAGCGGAGCAAUUAUCGUCUGGUCAUAUAAGGGCAUCAAGCUUUUCCAAUACUCCUCAUUCAUCAUAUGUACCUAAUGUGAUGACGAAUUCAGAUGUGUCAGCCAGUACAUCACAGCUUUAUCCUUCAUUACUAUCUCUAAGUAGUACGAGUGACCAUUUACCACCAACUUAUGGCUUUAAAAUAUAAACAUGUUGGACAGAUGUAUGUUUGUUUGUGCUUGCUCCUGUGCAUGUAAACAGAUAUUAGAUUUAAUCGUUUCUUUUGUCAACCAAAUAGCAUAUUUGGAUCUACAUUCAGCGGUGAUGUGUUGAGAUUGAACUCUUUAAAAAUAUUAUUAAGUACUCAGAUUCAAUUGUUUUUAUAUUGCUCAUUAGAACAGUUAAAACAAGAAUAGUAAUUGUGCGUUUUCUUAAUUUACUUUCUUUUCAGCCGACUUUAAUAUUGUCUUUUUUUUGUAAGGAACUAAACCAAAUUAUCGCAUUCAUUGUAUCUAUGUACAUAUUAGAAAAAAUUAUUUAAAUGAGAUAAUCUUUUGCUAUCAUCUCACUCUCAUAAUUCUAAAUUAGUGGCUUAUUUUGAAGAUAGCUUAGUAGGUAAAGCAUUGGGCUUCCAACUGGUAUGUCCCUGAUCCGAGUCCCCAAAUGCCCUGGUACUACCGAGAGUGGAGAGAGUCCGCUCUCCCUCUCGAAGUGCUCUCACAUGGCCACGCGUAUAUAGCCUCUGCCAGGAAAGUCCUACUCAUUGUCUUCUCGUGUCGGGGGUGUUGUUUACGAAAUUGAGAGGACGAAAAGCGAGUGUCCGGCGCUUUAAUCGAGUUGGUGGACACGGAGGGUACACCUAUGAGAGUUGGAAAACCCUGAUUCCAAACCAAUGGUGCACAUGGGCUGGCUCCAGGACCCUGAGGGAACAAAUGGCGUAUGAACCAAUCGUUAGUCACCGGCUACCACUGGACUGCAUCUCUUUACGUUGCUCCACUGCCUUGUGGAUCGGACCUUCAGGUCAAAGGCUCGCCGUGUGGCCCACUAAGAAAACCACCUGCUUCGGUUUGGGCAAUCGGGCAGUAUCAAAGCCCUCACACAGAUCUAAUUAGAUGACAAUCACUUCACGAAAUACUAAGCUCGCUUUAAUUAGAAUUCAGACAUUCUACAUCCAUCUGGUAACACUCAUCAUUAUUAUUUUAUAUACUACGUCAUUUAUCUACCUCUAUUCUCACUUCAUGUAUCUCCAUUUUUCAACUUAUACAGCAGCUCGCCUAUGGUGGAAAUUCGACUGUAUCUAAACGUUCUCGAGUCACUGUCCGGUUGAAAAUCGUAUGUUACCACCAAAUACGAAUACUGAAGCAGUUUUUCUGAAACCACGUGCACCAUUCAAACUGGCUGCCUUCAACGUUCGCACACUUAUGCAGGUCGGACAACAGAUAGGGCUGGCUAUGUCUUUGGAAAGUCUUCAUAUCGAUGUCUGCUGUCUAUCCGAGGCCCAUAUUCAAGACUCUGGUGAAGUACUACAAAUUCGCUCUCCAUCUGUCACUUCAAAAAGCUUGUUUUACGUGCGCUUAUCCGGGGACCCUGUGGCAUCUUCGUCUGAUCUUGCUGGCGUUGGUGUCGCACUAAGCGAUAGAGCUGAGGCAGCACUAAUCGAUUGGAUCCCCAUUAACAGUCGGUCAUGUGCUGUUAGAUUAGAAAGUUCCAUCAAAGUGAGAAGAAAUCGGCGUGAGAAACGAUGUCUUCUCGUCAUCUCCGCCCAUGCCCCGACAGAUUGCAGCCCGGAUGCAAUCAAGAAUGAAUUCUACCACCAAUUAGCUGUUCUUCUCCAGAAAGUGCGUUCGACAGAUAUUGUAGUACUAGCGAGAGACUUGAAUGCUCAGGUCGGGCGUCUAGGCACAGAAGAGAGUCGUUUAGGUGGCCGAUGGGGACUCGUUGGUCGCAGGUCAGAUAACGGGGACCGUCUACUGCAACUGUGCACAGACCACAACCUGUUUCUGGCUAGCACUAACUUUCGGCACAGUCAUCGCCGAUGUGCCACCUGGCGUCCUCCCUCUGCAUCCCAAUCCUGGACUCAGAUUGGUCACAUCGCGAUCAGCUACGGCUGGCGUGGUUGUGUACAAGACUGCCGCUCCUUUUAAAGUACCUAUCUGGACUCUGGAUUUUAUCCCAACCCUCAGACAAAUCAAACGAUGAUUUCUACUAAAAAAAUCAUUUUUGCUUCAAUUCUCGCUCUGACAAAUCACAGUCACGAUCAUUUGAUAAUAUUCGUUUUUAUUUUCCUUAUACUACUCCACUUGACCUUUCUUUUUUUAUUAUCAUUUUGCGCAUUUCAUUUUUAAACUUAUGCAACAGCUCGCCCAUGGCAGAAUUCCUGUCUUAUCUAAACGACCCCAAGUCACUGACUAGUUGAAAGUUGAAUGCUACCACCAACUACGGAUAGUGAACUCUGACAGACUGCAGCCUGGAUGCGACAAACGAUGAGCUUUACAAUCAGUUGACUGUUCUACAGAAAGUGUGUUCGACAAAUAUUGUAGUACUAGCCGGAGACUUGAAUGCUCAGGUCGGGCGUUUAGACGUAGAAGAGAGCCGUUUAGGUGGCUGAUGGAGACUUGUUAGUCAGAGGUUAGAUAAAGGUGACCGUUUGCUACGACUUCGCGCAGAGUACAACCUGUCUCGGACCUACAAUAACUACCAGCACAGUCAUCACCGAUGUGCCACCUGGUGUCCUCCGUCUGCAUCUCAAGCCUGGACUCAGAUUGAUCACAUCGCGAUCAGCUACCACUGGCGUGGUUGUGUACAAUACUGCCGCUGCUUUUGGAGUAUGUAGCUGGACUCGGAUCAUGCCUUUGUUUGCGCUAAUCUUACCUUACUUUUCAGUGGCCAACGAAUUCGUCGUCCUAAACCGAUCGAUGUUAGCGAAUUGGUUGCAGCUUCUGUUGUAAAUAAAUAUCAAACUGAUCUAGGUUCUAGGCUAGCUACCAUCCCACCGAAAAGUAUAAUUAAGCAUGGGUUGCAAUCGCACGAUGUAUUGAAAAUGGCGAGUGAAGUCACAUGGGGCCUCGCGAGGUGACCUCACGGGGUGACCGUGAGUUUGACCACAAGCGAAGGCUGUUACGUAAUGCAAUUGGACAAAGUUUGCGUAACGACCGAGAAGCCUGGUGAUCGGAGCGUGCUAACGAGUUGGAAGCAGCAGCUGAAUCUGGUGACUGCCGGAAGUUCCUCCAACUCAUCGAAGCCACUGGCAGCAAGAAGUCUGGUGUGAGCGAAACAAUCUGCGAGGAUGACGGGAUGCCAAUCACUAACAUCCAUCGACGUCUUGGACGAUGGGCAGAAUUUUUCGAAGAGCAGUUCAACUGGCCUGCUGCUCCGGCAACAUCGGUCAGACUGUCCUGCCCUCCAUGGCCGGUGACGACUGAUCCACCAAAUGAGGCGGAAGUCCGCAAGGAACUCGAACUCUUGAAGCGCUACAAAUCACCGUGCCCAGAUGACUUACCUCCGUCCUUUUUAAAGAUGGAGGUGACUUUCUCGUUAAGGAACUGACUGUGUUGUUUACAAAAGUUUGGGAGCUAGAGAGUGUACCAACAUCAUGGGAUGAAUCGAUAGUUGCCCCUAUUUUUAAAAACGGUUCACGUCGUUCGUGUAACAACUAUCGGGGGAUAAGUCUACUUCCGAUUGCGUCCAAACUAUUGGCUUCUGUCAAAAUUUGAGGGUUGUUCAAACUCCGAGAAAGAUUGACUCGCGAGGAGCAGGCUGGUUUUCGUUCUGGUUGAGGAUGUAUUGAUCAUAUCUUCACCCUCCGCCAAAUGUUAGAACAUCGUCAUACUUAUCACAGGCCAACAAUCGUGAUGUUUCUUGACAUUAGGGCUGCCUUCGAUUCGUCGGACAGGACUGUUCUCUGGGAUUGUCUAUUGAAGAAGGGUGUGCCUGAGAAGUUUAUUAAUAUCUUAAAGGCCUCAUAUACAAACACCUCAGACAGAGUGAGGGCAUACAACCACCUUUCUCCAUUGUUCCAUUCACGAAGUGGGGUUAGAUAUGGUUGCCCAAACUGGCCUCUCCGAGUUGAGGACGUUAGACGACUCUCUGUGUUCGAUCAUCGCUGUCUCCGAAGGAUUGCUGACAUCCAGUGGCAACAUCAUGUUAGUAAUGCCGAGGUUCGGCAUCGUGUGUUCGGGCGCAGAGACGAUAAUUCAAAUGGUGUCAACAUCUUGAAACACCGACUUCGGUGGCUUGGACAUGUUCUACGAAUGUCGUCCCAGAGAAUUCCACGUCGUGCAUUAUUUGCCGACUCUGGGACUAGUUGGAGAAAGUAGGGAGGUGGUUAAUGUAUGACAUUGUGUCGUGGUAUGAAAGAAAGCUGCACAUGACUGGCUUCUGUUGGUCCUUCAUGACUCCUUGUUUGGGGUGCGAGCGAUGGUGCUACACAGUGGCUAGAGACGUUAUCAGAUAAGGCUCAGAAUAGAAGCCAGUAGCGAUCGUGUUGUAAUCUCUUACUUUCUUCAUAAAAAGUGGCCGUAACUUCUCUAACUAAAAGAUUUCUUCUGGCUGUACCUUUCUGUUUCUCCCAUUAUUAUUUCACUACCGUACACUAAUUUGUGGUCGUUAUUGUUUUUUUUCUUUUUUAUACUUACCUUAAAUCCUUUAUCUCUUCCCAUUCUCAUUGUUAUUGUGUGGCGCAUAUGUAUCUGGUGCCUCCUUGUACCGAUAUUUAUGUGUUCAAAUAAAUAAUAAAUUAAUCCCUUGUUCGAACUUUUUUCCACCUACUUGGAGAGCUGGUUUAUAUUACUGGCUUUCACAUAAAGUGUGACUGAAAACCGAAAUCAGAGAAGCCUGUACUUCGUGAAUGAAAAAUUAUUGGAUGGAGUCGAUUUGAAAAAAUAAGACACUUUAUGUAGCAUUUUUCGCCAUUGUUUAUAAAUUGGAAGCGAUCCUCAUCUAUAACUGAUUGUAAAGUUUAAUUCUGUUCGAUAAUGAACAACUGGUUUGUGUUCCAGGCUUGAAGUUGCAAUUUGUGGAGUGUCUAACUCGAAGUUGAUUGGAUCAGUUUCAAACAUAACUAAUUGUUUAGUUGGCUUUCGGAGAACUUCAACGGAGCCUCUAGAGGCCCAAAAAGAGCCGAAGAGUCCUAGACGAUCAGAGCAUGAUGGAGCAUUCUAGAAGUUCAACGUGGCGUGCUACUAUAUGUCAGUAGCAUAAUAUGUCGUUAACAGAUUGGCCGAAAUAUGAUGUUGAUUUGACAACUGUUAACAUCUAUAAAUACCCAUGUUUUCUGUACAAAAACGAACCUUGGAGUAAAGUGUCUUUCUCAUACUUUGCGUCUUCUUUCUGGUGUUCAAGUCGCUGUGUAGUUCUAGCGUGCGGGUUAUCUGAAUACCUUAGGAACGAAUAUAGCGUUCAAAUCAGCAAGACUGAACACUAAUUUUUAAAUUCCGGGUUGUUAAGCCACUCAAUUACAGAUGUCUCUGUGUAUUCAUGUUUCAGAUUGGUUGUUCAAAAUUUAUUACUAUUAUUACCACAAGAGAUGAGUAGUCUCCGACGGUUUGCUCUGGAACACGAAAGUAAGAAUGACAUAGAAAUGAUACUAACGGACUUCUUAUCUUGCCAUAUUUUGUGGUAAUAUUUUUUAAAUGUUGAACAUAUAAAAUGGACGAAGUUUAUUCUGGUCAUUAUUUCCAUCACUAACUAAUUGACAUAUUUAUUUAAUUAUGACUAGAUACUGACUAGCGUAAAGAAAAUUUCUUAUUCUGAAUAAUUUAAAUGUUCC